AUGUCUCUCCUAAUCUGUACUUUAUUUCGUUGCGGUCAUCCUUCGCUCGGUUUUGAGGAUCCGCCGGAUCUUUCUGCAAGCUCGGGUACAUUCGAUCAGCCGUCUCGGAAUUCCACGUUUCUUGAGCUCAAGAUUGUCGAAAGUAAUCUUGUGUGCUCAAGCUGCGUCAACUCCUAUCCCACGUUUACAUUCGCGAAGAACGGAUAUAGCAACCGGAUCUCUCGUCUGGCAGAUUUGCUACGAACUCAGGUUGGCAACGAGCCUAUUGACCGACGAGCAUUUGAUAAAAAUACAGAGGAUUCUAUUGAUUCCAAAAUUUCUCCUUCGCAAACUCCAUACAGUCAUACAGACAAGCGCCGUCGAAAUGCUCCUAGCCAGUCCUUACUUCCUCCUAAUCAAUCAUUAUCAGCAAACUAUAAGGAAUCGCAAAAUAAUGCAUUACAACGUGUUCACGAUUCUCGAGUCCGUUACAGACCCGGUUCCGUUCCCAGACCAAUUCUCCCACGUCGUAGUAGAGUCAUAAUAAUCGACCCCAGCGGGAAACAACUUCACUCUGAUGUUCGUCGCCAGCUAGCAAUACACGAUAUAAAUCUUGUCGUUGUGACGGAUCCGAAUGGCGUAUGUCGUAUCGAAGCCUACUGGUUCACAGAGGGAAAUGGGGCUGCCCAAUACCGUUGGCUGGGUUUGAUGUGAGAAAACUCGCAAGCAAUUUCUGUUCUUUGUCAUGGUGGGUUUGUCUUCUACAGAGUCAACUAUGCUCACCUCUCUUUCUCAUCCUCAUCAUCCCUACUAAUUCUUGGUAAGCGACAAGUCUUGGGCUCUAGUGACAGUAAGUGAGUCAGGGAAACGGGAAGUGGCAGUUCAUCAGGCAACUCGUGCGAGGUAUUAA